UCGUGUUGGUUUAAUGCAACUCCCAAACCGACUCAGUGCUCAUCAUCACCCUAUAUGUGUUAUUGCUAUCUGCCGUCAGACGAGCAGUCGUAGCAGAACUCCACCCGCCUACUCGACAACAGUCACUUCUCUCUCUCAAGAAUUCUAACUUUGUAAGAAGGGAGAGGAAGGACGAUUCAAGAGGUCUAGAUUUUGUAGGUGUGCAUGUGGAGAUGUUGGAAGAUCACAUGACAUUAUUAGAAGAUAGUGGUAACAAAGCCUUGAAAAGUGACAUGGUGGGAUUUGAAGAUGGUACUGUUGAAUCAAAGAAACGCAAAAGGAAUUUGAGUACAUUGGCGGAUGAUGAAUGCCAUAUCAUGGCACUAGAAAAAAUUUAUAAAAGAACCAUUUUAGCUUUAGCCAAACCAUCAUACCUUCUUUGUCGAGGCUCUAACAAUAUACGAUCAGAAAAUCGUGUUAAGUUAUGCCACUUUCUACGGAAGUUAGUGAGACAACAUAAUUGGACAGAGGCAAGUGGUGUCCUCAGCUUGUUAUUGAAAGCAACAUGCAAGGACAAUCAUCCUACUAUGAAUCGGUUCAAGUACUUGGUUUCAAUGGAGUUUCUCAAACAUAUAGAAAAUGAUGAUGUCAACUUGACUGCUAUCAGUGGCAUCUAUGAUACCUGGAUGACAAGGAUUGGAAUAAACUUAGCAAAUAAAAGAAAGACGAGUGAAUAUAUGAAAGAGGACCUUUUUAUUGUUCGUUUGGAGUCGAUAAUUAUCCAUCUUAUGCAGGGGAACAUUGAAGGUGAACGUCAGAAUGCUAGAAGUCUGAUGCGAGAACACGGAUUUGAGGGUCACCCAAUGUUCCAUAUGAUCAUUGGCUUGAUAUUCUAUCAGCUUUGGUACUCUAGCAUUCCAGAAGAUAUGCAGUGCAAGAAUUCUGAUCAGAUUUAUACGCCCACAAAUUCAGACGUGUCAGGAGCACCUUCUCAUUCAUACAUGUCAUUCACAAGAUUCAGAUAUGAAGUUGGGGGCUCAGAGGGUCAUAAUGCACUUUUUAGUUGUGAGUCUGAAUCUUCCUUUCAAUAUGAUUCGGAAACCUCUGUCAUGAAUGAUAAAAGAAUGCCUGUGGAAGCUGAUAGUGACGUUCACAAAAGAGUGGUACCUACGGAGGUGGAUAUUAACCUGCAGAGAAAUCUUCAACAGGACUUCCAGCCUCCUGGUUUUUAUGUGAAUUCUGCUGAAAAUAGUCAUUCUGUUGAUAAUGAUGGUGGUCAUAUGCAUUCUUUUCCCAAUUUGUGUGCCCUUAAAAGCUUGGAUUCAUGGUUGUUGCCUAUACAAGCCAAGAAUUGGGAGCUAGAAAGAGUGAUUCAAGAUGAUGAAUAUGAGAAUUCAGUAAAGUAUUUACGAGAAGCUGUUUACUCAAAGCCUCCAGUAAUUGCUGCCUUGCUUCCCUUGAUACAGUUAUUGCUGAUUGGAUGUAAGGAUGAAGAGGCCCUCCAUGAACUUGAGAGGUUUUGUGGCAAUUCAAAUGCAUCACUUCCUAGUAGGUUGAGGGCACACCUCUUGGAGUGUGUUGAUCCUACUAACAAUUUUGCUCUUUCAACCUGUUUUGAGGACAGCUUAAAGAGUGAUCCUACAUGUAGCGAGUCAUUGGCAAAGCUUAUCAGCCUGCAUCAAAAUGGGAAUUAUAGCCCUGAAUCCCUUUUGGAAAUGAUUGCUUUACAUUUGGAUGCUGUCUUUGUGGAAUACAAUACAUGGAGAGAGUUUGCUUUAUGCUUUCUUAAAGUCUCUCAGUGCGAAGAGGACCGUGUGUCAGUAUGUCUACAUGGAAGUGAAGGUGGAAAAAAACAAGGUUACUCGGUUCAUUACAAUAGAAUCCCCAAAUUGUUUAUACAAGGGAAGUCAAGAAAGGCUUGGAGGAUUCGCUGCCGUUGGUGGUUGUCACGUCACUUCAGCAAGAACCUGCUUGCAUCAGAAAUUGCUGCGGGUGAUUUGCAGCUCGUAACUUACAAAGCAGCAUGCGCAUCCCAUAUGUAUGGGUCACAGUUUGAAUAUGUUAUGAAGGCUUACACUUGUUUAGAGAAGGAAAACAACUGGGAUUUGCUCAAGUUCUUGCAAUUGCACAUGCAGAAUUCCAUUGGACUUCAUCUAAACUUUCAACAGAGGACCAACUGAUGUAAUUUUUUAUCCUUUGUUAAAAAAAAAAGCUGUGAUUCUUUCCUUUUGUGUGCAUCUUGCUUUCUGUAAAUGGUAGAAGCUAUACAUAUUGCAUUUCCUUUUGGGUAGUGUCCAUGAUUAGCAAAUUGGAGUUAAAGAUUGCAAGUGAAUUAGUCGAUUAAUUAGAUCACCAACCAGUUUGUCUUUAAACGCUCUAAUGUUAAGGAGUGUUAUUUAUCAGUGACAUCUCUUUAUUCUUGUCCACGAACAAAUGAAAGAGGGGUCAUUAUGGUGUUUGCGUGCAGCA